AAUGUUUAUCACCCUUGUUGCUGAGGUGGAUAACUUCUGCUGUUGCCAUGUCUGAUUAUCACCUGAGAUCCCAGAACCAUCCCAUGUCACUGACGAGGUCACAGAACUCCUCAGACACCUUGGUGACCAUUUGGACCCCAAUAGCCGCUCAGACCGAAGCAAGAUCUGAGAGCAGCUGCCUGGGUCCAUCCUUGUGAGUCAACAUAUUUGGAGCAAAGGCAAACCCACCGCCAACUACAAGAAUACUGAGAACACAUUUAGAGCAGGGAAGAAGGGAAUCAGGUGGUUUUAAGGACCUUGACAAGGGUUGUUUAGUUUAAUAAUCAUGAAACGCCAUUAUGUUGACACUGGGAAUGAGAAGGAUCUACCCUAUAGCAAGGCUCCAUGCCAACCUGCCGAGGAAUUGGAUGAUGUGAACUGGGUUCCUUUUUGGGAGGAGGCAGGGGAUGUGAAGGAAGAAGAAUCUACACCUGUCCCUGGACCUUCGAUAAGCAGAGCCCAAGAUGGUGGCCUAGAGUCCAAGGUUCAGAGUCAGCAGGGGAGGAGUAGAACUCCCUCAGUCUACCAGUCUUGUUCACAGUAUUACUCCUGCUUCUCUUCAAUAACCAACUCAGAGGAGAACAAGUCUCAGCAAAGCACAUAUGCAUUUUAUACCCGGGUGCAAACGGUCCAGGGUGUAGCAGUGGCCUGGGAGACAGAGUCUGGGUUUGAGUCAAUUGGCCUUAGGCCUCGAGUAAGGGAGGCUGAAUUCACUGAGAGGCAGAGGAGGGAAGGCUCUCCCAUUGAAAGCAUUUCUACUAGUGACCUGGUCAGUGAGACUGAUUCUUGGGAGGGAGAGGCCUUUCAGGAAUUUGAAGAGCCUGAGACAUCUGUACCAUCAGAUAGUAGCCAAGAGAUAAGGGAAACACCUGAUUGGCUGAUCACCACAAACUAUGGCCUCCGCUGCUUAGCCUGUUGCAGGAUCUUCCCCAACUUGGAAGCCCUCUUACACCAUGCCCAGCAUGGGAUCAAGGAGGGCUUCAGCUGUCAUAUUUUCUUCCGGGAAAUGCUGCAGAGAAGACAGUCUCACAGUGAACAGCAGGAACAACCGCCAGAGGACCAGGAUCAGGGCCAAUCCCAUAGUAGUGAGCCAAGCAGAGAGAUUACUAACUUGAUAAAGGAAAGGGAACGAGAAAGGAAGAAGAAAAGCCUCAAGAAAAACAAAUCUUAUCAGAAAUUGAAUGCUUAUCAGCUACAACAGCAAACAAGAAGGGUCAGAGGGAAUCUCACAUCAGCUUCAAGGGAGUGGAUCAGCACAGAGAUCAAGAACAGAGCUAUGAAAAGUGGGAUGAAGAUAGAAGUCAAGAGAAGAUCUAGGAGCAUGAUGAAGAGAAUUGAGGAAUACAAAGAUGACCCCAACGGUAUCUUUAGGCAGGAACCAUCCUUCAAGCUCUGCAGAAGUGGAACGGAGAGCAGAGCGAAAGAGGGGACAGGAGAUCCAGGCUGUGCAACUGUCCAACAGGAGCUUUCUGGCUAUAAAGGGUGAUGGAGUGGGUCAAAAUAUAUGUGGCCUGUUCCAGAUUACAGGACCACAUACAAAAGAAAGUACUGGCCUGAAGCUGAUGCAAAGAACAUAAAUGGCUGGUUUAAACUUA